AUGGAUUCGAAUGAAUCAGAUAGAAUAUUGCCCACGACAAACCACAUCCGAUAUCAAUCCAUAGGCCCUAUCGAGCCUGAAGAAGAGCCAAGCCCAAUUCAGCAUAAAAUAGGCGCCAUUGCACUUGUUGUCAUGGCUUCUUUGCUGUUUGGCGGCGUCUUUGUCUAUGGACUCACUGCACCAGAUGUGCAGCAACCGGCUUUCAACAAUGGCACACACGUCUUUGCACCUACAGUCAUCUUUAUUUCGUUGGACGGCACAGUAAAUCAGGAUCUCGAGUUCCAUAUUACACCUGUAUUGAGCAAGAUGGCGGAUAAUGGGGUUAGAGCAGAAUACAUGACACCUUCUUUUCCACCAAUUACAUUUCCAAAUCAUUGGUCUCUGGUAACUGGUCUUUACCCAGAAGCACAUGGCGUGGUAGGAAACUACUUUUACGAUGCCCACUUGAACGAUAGCUUCUAUUACAAGAGCCCUGAUAAAAGCUGGGAUUCCAAAUGGUGGGGUGGUGAGCCUAUUUGGAUUACUGCUGUGCGACAGAACAAGAAAUCUGGCGUCAUAAUGUGGCCCGGAUGUAGCACAGAAUUCAACGGCCUGCGUCCAAGCUACUCGGUUGCCUACAGUGAUUACGUCUCAUUUGACGAUAAAGUGGAUCAAGUGUUUGAUUGGUUUGAUCUGCCGUUGGAGGAUAGGCCUCAGUUUAUUGGAUUAUACGUACCUGAAAUUGACCAGUCUGGCCAUGCGUAUGGACCCUACGCGAACGAGACAUUGACAGCAUUGCAUGUGGCCGAUCAGAGCAUUGGACGUUUGUUGGAGGGCUUGCAAGAGAGAAACUUGACAGACAUUGUUAACGUCAUUGUUGUAAGCGAUCAUGGCAUGUCUACAAGCGACAAAUCUCGCUUGAUCUACUACGACGAUGUUCUAACCAAGGAAGAGCUGGAUUUGAUCUGGACCAUUGAAGCAUACCCCACACUCGGCAUUCGACCUCAUCUCCACCUAGACCAAGACGAGGCAGUAGAAACAUUAUACCAAGCAUUUCGCCGACUUUACGACUCAUUAGAAACACCACAUUUUGAGGUGUAUAAAAAGCAAGACUUUCCAGACCGCUUUCAUUUUCGCGAUAACGUACGGAUCCCACCUUUGCUGGUACUGCCUGAUGCGGGCUGGAAUCUAGUAACACACAAAGACUAUCAUGGUGGUGGCGCACCUUACCAACCUCGUGGUGUCCAUGGUUACGAUAAUCUAUCGCCUGAUUCCAGAGCCAUCUUUGUAGCUCAAGGACCUCAUUUCCCAAAGGGUAAAACGAUAGCGCCAUUUUGGAAUGUCGAACUCUACAAUGUCGUGUCAAGGAUCCUGCAUUUGACACCAGCAAGCAACAACAAUACUCUGAAUGGUAUUUUGGAACUAUCUGAAUAA